GGCACUGGAGCUUGUGACUGUGCUGGUGGGGAGCCCCCGAGCAGAUGGGCUUGUUUCUCUUCUCACCACCUCUGAGGAUGCCGAUGAGCCCCAGAGGCUGCAGUUUCCGCUGCCCACAGCCCAGCGGUCGCUGGAGCCUGGGACACCCCGAUGGGCCAAUUAUGUCAAGGGAGUGAUUCAGCACUACCCAGCUGCCCCACUUCCCGGCUUCAGUGCAGUGGUGGUCAGCUCAGUGCCCUUGGGGGGUGGACUGUCCAGCUCAGCGUCCCUGGAAGUGGCCACGUACACCUUCCUCCAGCAGCUCUGCCCAGACUCGGGGGCAAUAGCUGCCCGGGCCCAGGUGUGUCAGCGAGCCGAGCACAGCUUCGCGGGGGUGCCCUGUGGCAUUAUGGACCAACUUGUCGCAUUGCUGGGGCAGAAAGGCCACGCGCUGCUCAUUGACUGCAGGUCACUGGAGACAAGCCUGGUGCCGCUGUCAGACCCCAAGCUGGCUGUGCUCAUUACCAACUCCAACGUCCGCCAUUCCUUGGGCUCCAGCGAGUACCCAGUGCGGCGGCGCCAGUGCGAAGAAGUGGCCCGGGCGCUGGGCAAGGAGAGCCUCCGGGAGGUGCAGCUGGAGGAGCUGGAGGCUGGCAAAGAGCUGGUGAGCAAGGAGGGCUUCCAGCGGGCACGGCACGUCGUGGGUGAGAUCCAGCGCACAGCCCAGGCAGCGGCCGCCCUGAGCCGAGGGGACUACAGAGCCUUCGGCCGCCUCAUGGUGGAAAGUCACUACUCGCUCAGGGACGACUAUGAGGUGAGCUGCCCAGAGCUGGACCAGCUGGUAGAGGCUGCACUCUCUGUGCCUGGGGUCUAUGGCAGCCGCAUGACAGGUGGUGGCUUUGGUGGUUGCACGGUGACGCUGCUGGAGGCCUCCGCAGCUCCCCGUGCCAUGCAGCACAUACAGGAGCAGUACAGCGGUACCGCCACUUUCUACCUCUCUCAAGCGGCUGCCGGCGCCAGGGUUCUGACCUUGUGAGGCGCACCGGGGACGACACAUGGCGGGCACAGGGCCUGCAGGCAGUGAGUCACACGCUCUGUGUCCGGCACCUGCCAUCUGCAGCUGGGUGCUCAAUAAACUUGUGCCUCCAAUCAUGGUACCCACCUGCCUCUAGAGGUGGGUGUGUGGUUGGGUGUCAGCAUCCCUCCCCUACCCCAGGCUGGUGCCUGUGAGAUCCCAGAAGAAUAGACAGGGCAGGGCCAAGCAGUAGCAAAACCUUUUAUUAAGUGCAGAAUAAAGGCUGGGUCCUUG